AUGCGACUGAAGUAUAUAAGAAAUCCUUCGGAGACAUCCGAUCAGGAAGUGAAGGAUUUCCUAUCUAGACUGAAGGCCUCAGGGGACAAAAACGGGGUUGGGCCGCUAUACCAGACCCUAGCACACUCUCCGGCUUUGUUCAAAGGUUUCCUCGAGUUCUUUGGCGCCAUCAGGAACCAAUCCACGCUGCCACUGGACAUAAUGGAACUGGCCAUGUGUCGAGUAGGGGCUCUGAAUGGUGUUGCCUUUGAAUGGAUGCACCAUGCACCUCUUCUUGAGAAAGCCGGUGUAAGUGCUGAAGGCUUGGAAACUGUGAGAACAAUCCUGCCUGGAUAUGUCGGCAAGGAUGGUGAAAAGGGUUUAAAGAGCGAGCAUUGGGCAGUGCUUAAGUUUACGGAUUGCAUGACCAAGGAUAUAAAGGUGCCAGACGAAGUGUUCGAGGCGGUCAGGAAAUUGCUUGACGAACGACAGAUUCUCGAGCUUGUUUUGACAAUUGCCGGCUAUAAUGCAGUAUCUCGAACGCUUGUGGCCUUGGAUGUUGCUGAGUUGAAGGAUGUUCGCCCUGGAGAUGCUAAGCUUCCUUCGAAAUUGUAGGCGGCUAUUAUGAUAUAAAACAUGGUUCAUAGGAUAUCGCAGUCUUCGUCAAGCAAAUUAUUCAGUCUCUU